GGGUUAGCGAGCCGGAGGCGCGGGGCCGCGGAGCCGAAACCCCUGGCAGUGACUUCAGCAUCUGAGCCAAAGGUUGACAUUCCUGUAAUCACGGCGUCCCCUCGUCUAUGUUGCAAUCGAAAGGGAGGAAAUCUUAUGACAAGUCAUGGUGAAAACAGUUUCCUUUUGUACGAAAUUGCCUGUGAACUCUGAACGCGCUGAGGAUCAGCCCAGAGUUUGUCACUGAAGAGCUCUCGACCUGGCUGAGGCUGAUGCGAGCAGGACUGGCUGCCUGUGCUGUCCAGGUGACAUGUGAACGCAGCGCCCAGAGCGGGGACCAGCAGGAGCUGAGAUGCAUCCUAGCCACGCAGAGGACCCCAAGGAAGUCAUACAGCUGAUCAAGAAGCAGCUGGUGAAUUCCAUCAAGGCUUUACAGAAGCAAUACGUAACCUCGGAUGCUGUUGUAACCAGUGACGAUGGGAACGCGAACACUCUCUGCAGCGCCCUCGAGGCUGUCUUUGUGCACGGGCUGAAGGCAAAGCAUAUAAAGGCAGAGGCUGGGGGGAAAGGGAAGAAGGCAGGGGGCCGGGAGCCUCUUCCUCAGCCUGUCUUCUGGGGCCUGCUGAAGAGCAUCACACAUCGCAAUAUUGUUUCAGAGCUGGAACAAUUAAUUUUUAUCAAUACGGACGUUGGCCGCUGCCGGGCCUGGCUGAGGCUGGCUUUGAACGAUGGCCUCGUGGAGUGUUACUUGAAGUUGCUGCUCCGGGAGAGAUCCCGGCUGCCUGAAUAUUACCAGUCGACUGCUCUGCUCUUAGAUGCUGAAGAGUGUGAGUUUCUCCUUAGCUACUUGCAAGGCUUAACAUCCAUGACCUUUGAGCUGUCUUAUAAAUCGGCAGUUUUGAAUGAGUGGACUAUCACCCCUCUGUCCCUCUCUGGACUGUGUCCUGUUUCGGAGCUGCUGGAGCCGCUAACAUCCUCUGCAUCCGAACCUCGGAGAAAGGCAUCGCUUGGUUCGAUCUCGCAGUCUUCGGGCUCUGACGAGAUCGAAAUUCAACCCUCCAUCCUGCCAAUUGGCAAAAGCAGCAACAAAAUCAAGCUUACGUCGUCCUCUCUGAGCCUGAACACGACGAGCUCUUCCCAGCUGUCCUCCAGCCUCGGCUCCGACGGCAUCCUGCAAGCUCACUGCACCAGGAGUCCCGAGAAGAGCGAGGAGCCGCUCUCGUGCGACUCUGACCUGGGAACGGCCACUGCUGAGGACUUGGACAGAUCGCUGCAAGAGGUAUUGUCCGAAUUCAGCAAAGCCCAGCAAAGCCUUGAUCCCACGGAGGGGCGGCUCAUCCCUAGCGUGCUGGGGUCCUCACCACUGCAGCCUGCUUGCCCUCCCGCUGCAUCGAAGGCCACCCCGGCACCGUCAGAUGUCACGCCGGAGACCUCUGCUUGCUCCGAACCACCUCCUGACACAGAUGGUCCGUGUGCUGCUCACACGGAUGAUGCAGCAGACACCAGCAAGGUAACUGGUCCUCCCUCUGAUGUGGCCAGAAAGCCGGCACAGCCUGCGCCAGGCACGCCACAGGCUAGUGCAUCAUCCAAGCAGCUCAGCAGUAGGAACGGAGAAGAUAAAGGUGGCACCAGUAAGACCAGCAGCAGCGAGGAAAACCGGGCAGUCCGCAGCCCUGCAUCAGAGUUCCUCCUUUGCCCAGCAUCAGGCUGCCCGCAGAAAAGAAAGAGCUGGAUAUCAGAAGAUGAUUUCUACAGGCCCUGUCCAGGAGAGAGCACAACCGACAUCAAUGGCUUUGCGCCAGACGAGGAAGAAGAGGGUCCGACCACAGGGCUGAUUAGUGCUCUUGAUUUGGAAAGGCCGUCCGUGCCUUCCUCGGAUACCGGGAAGCCCAAACUGUCACCAGAACGAGAACAAAAGGGCUUCAGCGUUGUGCAUCGCAGGCAGAUGGGUCUUUCCAAUCCUUUCCGAGGGCUCCUGAAACUGGGCAGCCUGGAGCGGAGAGGAGCCGUGGGCAUAUGGAAGGAGUUCUCCUGUGAGCUGUCGCCGCUGGAGUUCAGGCUCUUCCUGGACCACGAGGACCGUAUCUGCUUCGAGAGCUAUUCCCUGCUGCGGUGUGAGUCGCUAGCGCUGACGCACUCUGACGGCCGUUUCGAGCUGGUUUUCUUGGGGAAAAAGCUGUACCUACGAGCUCCUUCUCGAGACGAAGCUGAGGACUGGUUAGACAGGAUCCGUGAGGCAUUGCACAAAUGCCGGCCUCAGCUGGAGGAGGAGGAGUGGGAGACACUAGAGUAUCCCGAAGACGUCAGUGAAAGCCAGCCUGUACCCAGCGACUCAGCUGCUCUUCUCCAGUACAAUGACAUGCCUGGAAACAGCUUUGACUGGACUUCAACUCACGAACCAGAAUUGGAGGCUAUAAAAGAAUCUGUUCUUUAUAUGGAUGUAGAUAAAACAUGGGUCCCUUUUAUUUUUUCCUUGUCAUUAGAAACUUUAAAGUGCUUUAAAGUGAGGAACAAUGACAAAAUUUUAAGUAACAGUUAUGGUAUAGAGACAAUCCAGGAUAUCCUUCCAGACACAAGCCUUGGGGGACCUGCAUUUUUCAAGAUUAUAACAUCUAAAGCUAUCCUGAAGCUGCAAGCUGAGAACGCAGAAGAGGCAGCGUUGUGGAGGGAGUUGGUCCGAAGUGUGCUCACAUCCUAUCUGGAGACCGCGGAGGAGGCACUGACACUGGGUGGCAGUCUGGAUGGGAACUCGCAGGUCAUCCUGAAAAGUAUUGUGAAGGAAAAUGGUUUCUUGUUACAAUACCUGGUGGCCAUCCCCAUGGAGAAGGGCCUGGACUCUCAGAGCUUCAUCUGUGCAGGCUGCUCCAGGCAGAUCGGCUUCUCCUUUGUGAAGCCCAAGCUCUGCGCGUUCUCUGGCCUCUACUACUGCGACAGCUGCCACCAGGAUGAUGAGACGGUGAUUCCCUCGCGCCUCAUCCACAACUGGGAUCUGAUGAAACGAGGGGUUUGCCGGCAAGCUCUCAAGUUCCUGACCCAGAUCCGUAACCAGCCACUGAUCAACCUGAAGCUGGUGAACGAGAGCCUGUAUGACCACGUGGAGAGGAUGAGCCGAAUCUGCCAGAGCAGGGAGCAGCUGAAGCUGCUCGGAGAUUAUCUGAUCAUGUGUCGCAGCGGGGCCCUAAAGGAGCUGAGCAAGCGGCUUGAUCACAGGAACUACCUCUUGGAGUGUCCCCACAAAUACAGUGUUACUGAUUUGAGGCAGAUAGCCGAUGGUAUAUUUGAGACGUUCCUGCAGUCUUUGAUCCAGUUUGCUUCCCAUCACGUCUACAACUGUGACCUGUGCACCCAGAGAGGCUUUAUCUGUCAGAUCUGUAACCGAAGCGACAUCAUUUUUCCCUUUGAGUUUGACACAACUAACAGGUGCAGCCAAUGCAAAACAGUCUUCCACCGGGACUGCCAGGCCAGCGUGAAGUCCUGCCCCCGCUGCGAGCGCCGGCAGAGGUACCAGCAAAAACUGGAUGCGGAUGUCGGCGUGGAGCCAAAUCUAUAGUGUCCAGGCAGCGACCCGAACACUGCACUUUGCUUCUCUGCAAGCUGGAAUAGCGCAAGGAGAAAUGGGAUUGCAUGCCACAGGCCUUGGAGGUGUAGAAAGUAGAUUCCCACCACCCAGGAACGGCUCCUGCACGGCUGUUUCCCAGGGCUGGAGGACAGGAGCGGUCAGUGCUAGGUGAUGUGCGAAGGCAUGGGUGCUCCCGCUGCACGGAGAGGGAUAUCUCCCCUGCUGGGGCUGAGCAAGGAGGCCUGGAAAGGUCCAACCAGGAGGAGAAAGGCCAGCAACUCGCAAAGUAACAUUCCCCCUACUCACACAAACCUGGUGCUGCUCUGGGCUGGUCCAAUUUUCCUUCUUGGUGACAACCUCCAUUCUCUUUGGCCUCAUCGCAAAGGCACUUCACCUCGCGAUGGAAACUCAGUAAGUUUCCAGGGUGUAAACAUGCAAGAUAUCAAAUCAAGGGUGUUGGAUAACUGAGGUUGAUUAAAGCUCUAGUUUUUUAGGAUAUUCAGUACUGAAAAAAAACAGUAUUUUUUUAUGUGGGAUUUUGCACAAAACUUGCUUGCCCGCUUGGGGAAAUCAAACCACGGCCACACCACGGAUCCAGCAGCACGGGGCUUGGGAAGGGGCACUGAAAUGAAACUAGUGCCUUUAGCGCUGUGAACACCGGGGGCCGCUUUAACUCACGAGCCCGGGACCCGCGCCGAGUGGGCGGUGGGAGCCGGGGAGCCGCAGCGGCCGCAGGGGGAGGAGAGCAUCCCGCCCGCCUGCCUCGGGCUCUUUCGCUCUGAGAAUCCGCCGGAUGGACAGCACAGCGUGGUCUCCGUGAAGAGAGGAAAGAAAUGAGCCGGUCUGCUCCUCCCUGGCUGCUGAUUUUAACUCUUGGCCGAUUGUGAGGCCAGACAGAAAUAAAUUUUAUUUUCCUUUCACCCUCAUAUAAAAAUGAUUAAAGUUUAUUUAACAACGA